UGCCGAAGGGUCGAUGGCGCCGGAUACGCAGCGCUUCCAGCCUGUUUAUCGAGACGACUCUGAGUGGACUGAGCUGUUUCUAUGAGAAGAGACCACAAUGACCGAACAGACCACGAUGAACAGGAGGAUGCAGCCACAAUCUGGAAUCCAUUAACAAGGCCUGGGCUCCUCCAGAUGCUGGACUUUGUAGAGUUGGAAGGACCACAAAGGCCAUCUAGUCCAACCCUCUGCAAAAUGCAGGAAAACCAGUUCAACCAUUCCAGGAACAGAAGAACUGUAUGGUGCUCUGGGAGAGACUGCCACUUUCCAGGUGAAACGCCCUCCACCAUAUAAGAACAUUUACUGGAGUAAAGGUGUCGGCAACAACUCCAUAAAUCUUACUAUGGUGAACUUUAAUGGACCAUGUCAUCUCCAGAACUCCCACCCAGACUAUGAAAAGCAGUUGCAUGUCUACAAGGGUUGCAGACAUCUCCAUCUCCAUCAUCUAAAAGAAGAGGAUGCUGGCAGAUACACUGCAAAAGUUGUUCGUGGGGGAAAAAUGACAAGCGAGUCCUUUAAUCUGUGGGUUUUUAGACGUUUGCUGGACUCUCACCUGAGCGUGACCUGCACUCCCGAUGGGGCUGGAAAUGGAUCCUGGCAGCUGAAUUGCUCUACAGGGACUGAGGAAGAUGGAGUUACAUUCAGCUGGGACUCCCCUGUCUACCGCCCUUCUUUCUCCUCUCAUCCUCCUGUGAUCAAGGUCACCUCCCAAGAUCCUAAUAUCAACGUCACCUGCACAGCAAAAAACAAGGUUGGCCAGGCAUCCAGGAUGGUCUCCUUAAAGGAAGUUUGUGCUGGACAGACCGAGAUCUUCUACAGGCUGCCUCUCUGGGCCCUGCUGUGCCUUAGCAAAGUGGGACCUCUUCUUCUUCUUGGCUGUUUGGGGCUCAUUCUGAAAUUCAGAAAAGCAGCUGGGGGAGGGAGGCUGAUGAUCCAAUUCCUGCCAACUUCCCAGAGGAGACCACCACCACCUCCUAAGGCCACUUCGGAUUCACUUGAUGGACAUCUCAGAUGACUCUCCUUCCUGCCCCUUCACUGCAGACGCCCCUGGUCUUCCUGUCAGCUUUCUACAGGAGGCUUUGGGACUAGGGGCUUCCAUGGGCCUCCCAAUGAACUCUAUUACCAAUGUGGCUAGUGGGAGGGGCUCCAAGGGUGGCUGUGGCCACUCAUGCCUGCCUCUCCUGCCCCACAAGCUGCUUUUGCUGUUGCCUUGUCUGGACCCCAAAGAAACCCACAUUUGUUUGUUUGGUUGAUAUUCAGGAGCUCAAAGCAGCCCCCAGUUCCCUGCUCUUUCCCUCACCACAUCCCUGUGAGGUAGACAGAAGAAGCUUUCACAGCUGAGGUUGGGUAAAUUCUAAGUCGUACUAGAGUUUUGCGGGGGGGGGGAGCUGCCC